AUGAAACCUGUUGAGUCACGAUGGAUCCUGCAGGAAUUUCCACAUCAGAUGAGAAGCCAAAGGCCUUUUCCAUGGACGUUCCAGAACCUUUUUCGGAUUACCGAUUCGGGAAUUUCCGCCGUCCGAUCACGCAAACGCGAAUUCAAGGUCCUAUGUCGGUCGGCAGCAGAAGAAUAUAAGAGUAACCUACGGAGAAGGCAGAGCAAGAAGUUUUCCUUCUUGGAUACUGCUGUCGAAAGUCUUGUUGGUAUGGACGUUGAUGACCCUCGUGAUUCGGCAACACCAGAAGCAGGGAGAAUACAUUCAACGGAGUAG